AUGGAGCGCAAACAAACCCAGAUGAUACUGGGGCGGAGACUGGCGAAAGACUCACCGGAGGUGAAGCAUUUUCAAAGAAAAUCGAGUGUCGUUCCUUUCGGCCGUGAUGGACGCGCUGCCACGAACUUUACCUGCUGGACUGCUGAUUGCCCCGCAGUGAAAGCUGACCCCACCCUCGUUUUUGCCAAGUGCAUAGUCGUCGGAGGGUCCAUGGACACGCAGCUGGAACUCGAGCAAGUCGACCCGCCAGCACGCGGGACGUUUACGGUUGCGCCUACAGAUGUGUUCAACGCAAACGAGUUGAUUGAACCGGAGACGGUCGACGAUAUCGGCUAUCUUCCUCACACGAAUGUAGCGUGUGUCUUGGAUGUUCUAAAAAGCCGAUUUUUGAGAAGCAUCAUUUAUACAACAGCUGAGCCACUUCUGGUAGCUAUCAACCCCUUCAAGGACCUGGGGAACACCACAGAUGCAUGGAUAUCGACAUAUCGGAACGCCAGUAAGCCUGAGAUGCUUCCACCACAUGUCUUCAAAACGGCCCGCGCCGCGCUUGAGGACCUUGAAGGCUACAAGAAAAACCAAUCGAUCAUUGUGUCGGGCGAAUCUGGAGCAGGAAAGACUGAAGCUACAAAACAGAUCAUGCGGUUUUUUGCGUCGGCGUCCUCUGAGGUGCGCACGACUAUCCAAGACACCAUUAUGGCAGGCAAUCCCAUCCUUGAGGCCUUCGGAAAUGCCAAAACAAUCCGUAAUAAUAACUCCAGCCGAUUUGGACGAUUCAUGAUGCUCGAUGUCUCGUCUCAUCGGGGCAUUCAGCACGGGAGUAUAUCCAACUUCCUCCUCGAAAAAGUGCGUGUGGUGUCCCAGGAAGCGAACGAACGAUCCUACCAUAUUUUCUACCAGCUGCUCAAAGGCGCGACGAGCGAAAUGCGUGCAAAGUACCACUUGCGCAGUUUAAAGGAGUACGCGUAUCUGAAUGGUAAAAACGGUGGAUGCUACGAUGUCCCGGGCAUCGAUGACAAGGCCGAUUUCGAAGAGGUGCUUCAAUCGUUGGAUGCCAUGCAGAUCACGGGUUCGAAACGACAUUCGGUGUUUUCAAUUCUCUCCGGCCUUCUGCUUAUUGGCAAUGUAAGCAUAGAAGGAAAAGACGCACAGGGUGUCCCGGAUGCAGCGUAUAUUUCGCCGCAGAGCGAGGAAAUCCUGGAGGAAGCUUGCCAGCUCCUUAGCGUUGAUGACGCAGCACUCAAGAAGGAAAUUCUCGUGAAGUCGACGAAGGUUGGACCUCAGGUCAUCGAAGGUGUGCGUACAAAGGAUGAGGCCAAGACGUCUGUGUUGUCGCUGUCUAAAAAUGUGUAUGACAAGCUCUUUGACUGGCUUGUUCGCCAGCUUAACAGCUUGAUUGACGCUCCAGAUGGCAUGCCCAAUUUCAUUGGAAUUCUUGAUAUUUUUGGCUUUGAAGUCCUCGAAGUAAACUCGCUUGAGCAGGUCCUGAUUAACAUUACCAAUGAGUAUCUGCAAAAACACUUCAUCGAUGUUGUCUUCGAUAUGGAAACGAAGCUUUACCAAGCCGAAGGUGUUCCGACUGAGGCCCUCGAGUACACGGAUAACCUUGCACUUGUCGGCGCUCUCUGUGGAAAGAACGAUUCGUUUUUUGCUCUGCUCGAAGAUGCCUGCUUAGGCAUCAGGUCAACUGACGAGGGUUUCUGCGGGACGAUCCUGCGCCGCCUGGAGCCCUCGGGAUUCUUUUUGGAGUCUCGCAGAGACAAAAGGCUGAAAUUUAUAAUCCGGCACACGAUUGCCGAUAUCGAGUAUACAUGUGAAGGGAUGUUGGAAAAGAACAAGGACUUUCUCCGUAAGGAGGUGAUGGAUGUCAUGAAGGCGUCAACUGACCCUGUCACAAAGGCGCUCUUCGAAGGAAUUGAGAUCGAGGCAGGAAAAAUCGGCAAGGGAACACUAAUCGCAUCCAGAUUCCUGAAGAACUUGGAGGAGAUGAUCGGAAUUGUAGCGCAAACGGAGGCGCACUUCAUCCGUUGCCUGAAGCCGAACGAGGAGAAGAAGCCCCUGGGAUGGAAUGGGUCGAAGGUGCUGAAUCAGCUUUUCUCCCUUUCGAUCUUGGAGGCACUUCAACUCCGCCAAGUCGGAUACGCGUAUCGGCGCAACUUCAGCGAAUUCUGCAGUCAUUUCCGAUGGCUCGAUCUAGGUCUUGUGAAUUCUGAUCGCGACAGGAAGGAGGUCGCGCAGCUGCUUCUCGAACAAUCAGGAAUUCCGGAGUCGUCGUGGGUGAUCGGAAAAACGAUGGUGUUCGUGAAGCCUGACGCGGCGAAGGAGUUGUCGAUCUUGCAGCGCGAGAAGUUGAUGUGUUUCCAGCCUCUGAUCGGCGUCCUGGGCCCGAUGUGGAGGAAGGUUCUCCUCCGAAAGAAGAUGGCAAGGGUUAUCCACUUCCUCACGAGACUGGAAUCAAACGCGCGCAGACAUCUGGAGCCGGACAGCAUUAACAUCUCUCCUGAAGAACGAGAAGCGUUGUUGUCGGGAAUGGAGCGUCCUCGAAAUCCCUGUGUCGUCGUUAAGAAACGCGUUGAACCAGAGCGAGCGCCGCCAACGAAGGUGCUCAGCCUAUCUCGCGCUAGGCUUUCGCUCUCUAAAGAACUGCCUCGAAAUUACGCAGCGAGCAACGAAGCCCUGGAUGUUGAUGAUACCAUGUCUGUAGACACCGAUGCCUUCUUACGUCUCAAAAUGAAGCGGUCGCCCAACGAGAACUAUCUCCGCCAGACAGCUUUGGCCCGCCUGAAAGAGCGGCGGCCGUCGCACGUCUGCAUGGAGGAGGCGUAUCACGUGUGGAGGUCGGUGGAACUACUAUUCAGAGAGCCUCUGAGUGACAAGAGACUUCAGAACAUUUGCACUGUAAUCCGAAACGAUAUGGACCAGCAUUACGGCUUUUUCUGGCAAGUAAUCAUCAAUCGCACUCCCAACUUCGGCAUGGCUGCGACUCAUAUUCACGGGUCCCUUCACGUCGUUGAACAGGAAGGCAUGUACCGAGACGGCCGACAAUUCCUCUUCCACCUCAUCAUGUAUAAAACCCGGAAACCCCGCAAGGAAGAGAUUCGACUCCAUGAAAGGGCGGCGGAGAAAACGUAUGGCAUCUGUCGAAAGAGGGAUUUCUCAGGCAUUGUGCGCGUCAUGAAUAGCAAAGUGCCGCCGUACAUGCAGAAGGACGUCUCGUACUUGAUUGGCAUGCUCUUUCAGCGAUACCAGUACACUAGAGACUGGACGAAUUUUGCCACCUGCAUUCAGUCGUACCUGAUUGGCCGUUACAGCGAACCGUUCGGAGGAGCUUGGAAUGUGGUAGCACAGGAAGGCGCGUUUUUCUUGAGUCGCCUGUGGACCAAACAUAGUCGAUUCCUGCGCGUGGAAAUUGACUUCCCUGCUCUAGCAGAACAGGCGAGUAGUGAACCUUGUCCAGGCUGUCCUACCCCAGUCCUUACUGUCGUGUGCUUCGAGGCCUGUGCGCCGGAUAGACCGUGAUGCCUUUAAAGUGGACAAGGGUGAAUGGACGGAAAAGUGAAGGCACGUGCUUCGCUUUGUCGUUCGUGGGCCGUGCUCUCGGGCCGCCAGAACGGAGAUAAGCUGGAAAUCUUUAAAGUACACAAGUCAAAGUUUUGAGCUGAGCCUGGAUGUAGGCCGUGGGAAGUGGGUACUCUGGUCAGCGGGGACAGUGCCGACAAAAGUAUAUGCCAAGCGUUUGUUUAGAGGGGACAGGAAGAGUGUGUGUGGUAUGAAGACAUUACGCCAGUAGUGUGUAGGAGGUGUACGAUUUAUCACAAAUUAUUGGCUUUCGCCGGCUGCCUCGAACGGAAAGUGUUUGCGAGGGAUAUUUGUUUGAAUAGACUGACACAGGACAUUGAUGUCCCCAGUUGUUCACCGUGAAGUGUGACGUGCCGAGUGACAUUGCAGUUUCUCGGUCAGUGUUUGCUUGUCCUUUGGAAUGGCUAUACUUUGUGAAUCGGCCUCGCGCGGAACUUCCAAAUUAGUCUAAACGUAUUUUGCCCGCUCGCGCGGACACUGAUCCUGGUCAAGCUUUUCCUUUCACUGUGGAGCAGCCUCGAAUGUAAACUAGAUCUCGAGGUCUGUACACUGGAGAGCAAUGCUUACGUCUGCGACCAUUUCCCGUUUUUUUCCAUUGGCGUCCAUCUGUGAGGAUUCUCUUCC